AUGGGUGUCCCCGCGCUCUUCCGAUGGCUCUCCACCAAGUAUCCGAAGAUCAUCUCUUCGGUGAUCGAGGAGUUACCCCAGCAGGUAGACGGUGAAGAAAUUCCGGUCGACACGACGCGCCCGAAUCCCAAUGGAGAGGAGAUGGACAACCUGUAUUUGGAUAUGAACGGUAUUGUUCAUCCAUGUACUCAUCCGGAGGGACGUCCCCCUCCGGCCAACGAGCAGGAGAUGAUGCUGGAGAUCUUUAAGUAUACUGAUCGAGUUGUCAACAUGGUUCGCCCAAGGAAGCUGCUUAUGAUCGCUAUCGACGGUGUUGCGCCAAGAGCGAAAAUGAACCAGCAGCGAUCACGUCGAUUCCGAUCCGCACAAGAGGCCAGAGAGAACGAUGAGAAGAAGGAGGAGCUUCACAAACUCCUUGCUAGACAGCGCGCUCAGAAGGGUGAAGAUGCUAUCAUGCAAGAAGAGGUCGUCCAGAAGACCUGGGAUAGCAAUGUCAUCACCCCCGGCACUCCUUUCAUGGACAUUCUUGCUGCUUCGCUACGUUACUGGAUUGCCUAUAAGCUCAACACCGAUCCUGCAUGGGAGAAGAUGAAAGUCAUCAUCUCCGACGCUACCGUACCGGGAGAGGGAGAACACAAGAUUAUGGAAUUUGUACGAUCACAAAGAGCAUCGCCGGAGCACGAUCCCAAUACCCGUCACGUUAUUUAUGGCCUUGACGCUGAUCUUAUUAUGCUUGGUCUGGCAACACAUGAACCGCACUUCCGGGUUCUCCGUGAAGAUGUCUUUGCCCAAGACUCGCGGCCCCGUGCCUGUAAACUGUGUGGCCAACCCGGUCACAAAGCUGAGGAAUGUACUGGAAAGGCGAAGGAAAAGAACGGAGAGUUUGAUGAGAAGCAAAACGCAGUUCCACUCAAGCCAUUCAUUUGGCUUCAUGUCUCGGUUCUGAGGGAGUAUUUGGCUGCCGAACUGCAUGUUGCACAGCAACCAUUCCCCUUCGAUCUUGAGCGAGCUUUGGAUGAUUGGGUCUUCAUGUGUUUCUUCGUUGGAAACGAUUUCUUGCCCCACCUCCCCGCCUUGGAUGUCCGUGAAAAUGGUAUUGAUACUCUGAUUGCCAUUUGGCGCGACAAUCUGCCAGCCAUGGGAGGCUAUUUGACACAAGAUGGACAAGUCAACUUCCCAAGAGCACAACUCAUUCUUCAAGGCGUCGCGAAACAAGAAGAUGCAAUCUUCCGCCGUCGAAGACAGGCUGAUGAAAGAAAGGCAGCCAAUCAAAGGAGACGAGAGCAGCAGGAGAAAGCCCGUAAUAAUGAACACCACAGCAAACGAAGACGAAGCUCUCCAAACUAUGACACCCCGGGCCAUAAUCAACCUCAUGUUGCCCAUGGCGCCGAUAAUGCCCCGCCGCCUGGUGUGGAGCUAAUCACCCCGGGCCGCGGUCAUCUAAGCAAGGAAACCAGAGAGUUGACCCACAACAUGGUCGUCAAUCGAAAUGCUGUGUACAAAGCUAACAUGGAGAACAAGAGUGCCGCCGCCGUGCUGAAAAGCAAACUCAUGAAGGGGGGUGCUGGACCAGAGCAAGAACCAGCUGAGACUGAGGAGGCUGCAAAUGGCGCCUCCUCCGACCCGACUUCGCCCUCUGUCCUUGGCAAAAGAAAGGCAGGCGAUGAAACUCCAGACAAAGUAGAAGAAGAGCCAGGGACACCAGGAAGAGAUUCGCCUCCCCCACCACCUGCUAAGCCCAAGGACAACGAGGAGCCCCUAGACACGGUCAAACUCUGGGAACCUGGAUAUGCUGAUCGAUACUACGAACAGAAAUUCAGUGUUGCCCCCGAGGAUCAUGAAUUCCGUCACAAAGUCGCCCGUGCUUAUGCGGAAGGACUGGCCUGGGUCCUUCUUUAUUACUUCCAGGGUUGCCCUUCAUGGACUUGGUAUUACCCAUAUCACUACGCUCCGUUUGCUGCGGACUUUGUGGAUAUCUCCGACAUGCAAGUCGACUUCAAAAAGGGUCAGCCGUUUAAGCCAUUUGAGCAGUUGAUGGGAGUAUUGCCGGCCUCUUCUAACCACGCUCUACCCGUCGUGUUCCACGACUUGAUGAGCAAUCCUCAGAGUGAAAUCAUUGACUUCUACCCAGAGGACUUCCCUCUGGAUCUUAAUGGCAAAAAGUUUGCCUGGCAGGGUGUAGUCUUGCUGCCUUUCAUUGACGAGAAGCGCCUCCUAAGCGCCAUGGAGAAGAAAUACCCUCUUCUCAGCGAAGAUGAACGAAACCGUAAUACCCAUGGCACCGAAGUCUUAUUGUUGUCCGAUCAAAAUCCCCUUUACCAAGAUCUUGCUGGACACUUUUAUUCCAAGAAGCCUGGUCCCCCUCAGCAUACAUUGAACAUGCGUGUGAGCAAUGGAUUGGCCGGCAUAGUAGAGCGUAGCGAUACGUACAUACCUCAUGGAUCUUUGGUUUCAAACUUGGAGGAUUAUGGUAUGCCUGGUCUUGAUGAUGAUCGCACCCUCACAGUCAAUUACACAAUUCCCAAGUCCGCUCACUUGCACAAAUCUAUGCUCCUCCGGGGUGUGAAGUUCUCGACUCCGAUGUUGAACUCGGCUGAUAUUCGCGCGACUCAGGGCCGCGCGCAACAUUCAGGUCGGUCUUUUGGGGGUGCUCCACUAAAUGGAAGAGGAAGAGGUGGUCAUAUGGAUUACAAUUCCGGUCGUCCCAAUCCAUUUGCGGCCCAUCUUGACCCACGUUUUAUAAAUAUGCCUCAAGGCGGGUCACAAGGAGGGCCACAAGGAGGUCCUCCAGGAUGGGUUCCGCCUCAUGCAGGAGGUGGUGACUACUCUCGCGGACCACCACCUCCUCCACGAGGUGGUGGGUCCCAUCAAUACCCCCCUAGAGACUACGAGGGUGGCCACCAAGGUCAGUAUGGUGGACACAAUAACUAUGGCUCCCAAAACUCUCGAGGUGGCCGAGGCGGUGGUUACCGGGGGGGCAAGUUUCGCGGUAAUAACCAAGGAUAUUCUGGAAACCGUGGAGGUGGAGGUGGAGGUGGCUAUGGACGUUACUAG